AUGCCAAUAGCAUUUCUUAUCGGACGAUGGCGAUCUGAAUUUAGUGGAAAAGCUUUUUUUCCAACCAUUCCAAAGUUUACCUAUGGAGAGGAAUUAAAUUUUAGUGCGCAUGGAUAUUUUUCAGCUAAUGGAUUUCUUCGAUACAUCUCAUAUGCAUGGUCAAAUAGCGAUGGCAGUGAAAUGCAUAGUGAAUAUGGUUUUAUUACAGUUGAAAAUGGCACAAGAAAUCUAGUAAUGAAUACAGUUAUGAGUAACGGAUUCAUAACGAUUGAGAAGGGUAUCGAAAACUCACAGUCGAUAGAAUUUACUCUGAAGCGCAUAGGCCGCUUGAAUUUCAGUCAUGAUCUUCCGGUGACAUCGAUGGUGCGUAUUUGGACUCUUUUAGAUGAAAACCGUCUAGAGAAUCAAUUGUGGAUGAGCACAAUUACUCAUCGAUUAACGAAGCAUACGUCAAUCAUUUAUGAUAGAAUAUGUCCCUAA